ACAAUAAAGAAGAAGAACAACAAGAACACAAUGUUCACUGUUUGUGAAUUAGAGUAGAGGAGAAAAAUAAAAAACAAACAGUGAAAAAAUUAAAAUUUGAAAUAAAUAAAUUAAAAAUAUAGAAUGAAACAUUAACCAAAGUAUUGAAAGCAAUGUAAAGUCUUAAAUAAAAGAAUAACGCAUUGAAUAUCUUGAACUCUCUGACCUCUAAUGCUUUCCGUAUGCUAGAGGAGAUCAAGGUUACGAAACUAAAAUUGAUUAUAAAGAGAAUAUAGAAAAUAAGAAAAAUACAACGAGGUUUUUUUAAUGCAAAACUUUGCAGAAAAUAAAGCCAAGUAAUAGAAAUUAGUAAAAGAUUAUUAAAACAUCUUGCCAUAAUUAAUAUUAUAUAUAAUUGGUGAAAUUUCUUGAUAACGUAAACACCUCUUCCCACCCACCCACUUUUAUUGCUGAAAGACAUGCUAAUUUUACGCAGUCGUUUAUUUAACACAAGAUUAUCUGCCACAACUAGUGGCUUAGCGGUAAAAACAAAAUAUUCCAAUGCGAAAAGUUCAACGGCUUUAGUUCCUUACAAAUAUUUAAAACAGCCUACUGUUGUAGAUCUUGUGGGAAAUACCAGAUGUCUGCACAAAUCUAUAAGUUUAUUAAACCAACAACAAAAGUCAACAGAGGAAGUGGGAAAAGAUGAGAAAGCUCUUUCCACACAAGUCAAACAGGCUAUUUCGCCCUAUAUACGACUCAUGCGGAUGGAUCGUCCUAUUGGCACCUAUUUACUAUUUUGGCCUUGUGCCUGGAGUAUUGCCUUAAGUGCCUCUGCCGGUUGUUGGCCCGAUUUGCAUAUGCUAGGCUUGUUUGCCACUGGGGCUUUAAUAAUGAGAGGAGCUGGUUGUACUAUUAAUGAUCUCUGGGAUCGUGAUAUAGACAAACAAGUAGAACGCACCCGUAAUCGUCCCUUAGCUUGUGGUGAAAUCACACAAAUGGAUGCCAUAGUUUUCCUAUCGGCCCAAUUGAGUUUGGGUCUCUUGGUAUUGGUGCAAUUGAACUGGGAGUCUAUACUGCUGGGAGCAAGUUCCUUAGGUCUGGUGGUAACCUAUCCUCUAAUGAAACGAGUUACCUAUUGGCCACAAUUGGUAUUAGGUAUGGCUUUUAAUUGGGGUGCUUUAUUGGGUUGGUGUGCCACACAGGGUGUGGUUAAUUGGUCAGCCUGUUUACCUUUGUACCUGUCGGGUAUUUGUUGGACUAUAGUAUAUGAUACCAUAUAUGCUCAUCAAGACAAAAAAGAUGAUUUACAAAUCGGUGUUAAAUCUACCGCUUUAAGAUUUGGAGAUAAUACCAAACUUUGGCUAUCAGGUUUUACAGCCGCCAUGCUAACAGGGCUAACAGCUGCUGGUUUAGCCUGUGAUCAAACAAUACCCUAUUAUGCUUCUGUAGGUCUGGUGGCGGGUCAUCUAAUACAACAGAUUUACUCCCUUAAUAUCAAUAAUCCUACAGAUUGCGCCCAAAAAUUCUUUUCUAAUAAUCAAGUCGGUUUAAUUUUAUUUUUGGGCAUUGUCUUGGGUACUUUAAUGAAAUCAAAUGAUAAUGCUAAAGAUACGAAUUUGUCAACGAGCAACAGUACUAGUUCGAGUACAACAUCUAUAAAUGGUUUUGUUCCCUUAUCUUCUAAAACCGAGGCUUUGACGUAGUUUUUUCUUGUUUCGUUUAAUACAUUUUUUAGUUAAUUGGUAGUAUUUUCUGUUUAAGUUUUAUUAGUUUAUAUAGUAAACCAAAGUAUGGAAACAAAGUUUUUUCUUUUUGUAUUACAAUAAAUAAUCGCUUUUUGUAAAUAUACAUGAAAUUCACAUUUAAUUUGUUGUAUGGAUAAUUUAUGCAAUAUUUUAUACAUUUACUAUGGUUAUGUAAAAAGCACUUGAAUUUAACAAGUUCUUGUUUAACAAUAGUAGUAAUAGUUUAAAUAAAAUGGAAUUACUUUGUAGAACAAUAGUCU